AGACCCAUUCUAGGGUGUAGAGAAGGAAAGCCUUUUCAGUCAAUCCCAAGCUAAUCGCCUACACCCAACAAUGGUAAGGAUCCCCAAUCUUUUUUCUAGAAUUUUGUAUACUUGAACUUGGCAUUUUGAAUUUGUUUUUUAUUCAUCCAUGCAAUCUCACUCCUAAUUUUGAAAAUCUAGCAGUUUGCUAAUACGAGUAGUCUGGUCUCCCCAAUAUCAACUCUUCUCCUUUAAUUAAGAGUUGCAAAUUGCUAAUGGGAAACCUUUUCUUAUCUUGUCCAUCCAGGUGAAUGUUCCAAAGACUAAGAAGACAUUCUGCAAGUCCAAGGAGUGCAAAAAGCACACACUGCACAAGGUUACUCAAUACAAGAAGGGAAAGGACAGCCUUGCUGCACAAGGAAAACGUCGUUAUGACCGCAAACAAUCAGGUUAUGGUGGACAGACCAAGCCGGUCUUCCACAAAAAGGUCUGCUUGUAGUGUACUCACUGUUUAAAAGUUCAUAGGUAUUGAUUGAUUCAAAGCUGACACUGUGUGAAAGUACUUAUGUGUAUGUUAUACCGUUCUUCAAUCCAGGCCAAAACUACUAAGAAGAUUGUGCUGAGACUCCAAUGUCAGGGAUGCAAGCAUGUUUCCCAACAUGCAAUCAAGAGGUGCAAGCAUUUCGAGAUUGGUGGGGAUAAGAAAGGAAAGGGAACUUCUCUCUUUUAAGUUGCAAUGGAAGAGCAAUUCGAAUCUAUUAUCUAUGUUUUGAGUUUGUUGGUCUCAAGUGUACGUUACUAAUUGCUUCUUUUCUUGGCAUUACUUCUGCAUUUGUUGCCUUUACAACACUGUUUCUUUCUCAAUGGCUAGAUAGCUUGAUGAGCUCUUGUUUCCAAAAGAGGUUUGUGUUUGUAGGAAUACAAUCACCUUUUGCUAAAGAACAAUCCCGUUUUGCGUUUAACUAGAAUCCCAAGAAUAUGCUCCCUUUCACAGUUGGACUGCAAUGUAAUAACAAUACAUAAUUUUUUAUUAAAAAAGCUUAAGAAAAUGCAUUACGAUUU